GGAAGGGGCGUCUUGCAGCGGCUUGAACGGGCCAAGAAUGCUUUCUUCAGGCGAGUCAAGGCUGGUGAGAAGGCCGGCUACCCGCGCUUCAAGUCCGGACGCCGAUGGAAGACCAUCGAAAUGGCCAUGGUGCGUCCCGGGAUGGUCAGGAAUGGAGAGGUGAGGAUCAAGGGCCUUCCAGUCAUCAGGAUUCCCAGCAAGCGGGAAUUGCCGCCCUCGGUGGACCUCAAGACACUCCGGGUCACCAGGGCAGGCAGGCGUGUAACGGUGAGCCUGGGCUACGAGGUGGACCGCGAGCCUUUGCCGUACAACCCGGCUUGCAUAGGUAUUGAUAAGGGCAUUAUCGACCGGUUGGCCCUGUCCUCCGGUCAAUCAAUGACGGCGGACGGGGAUGGAUCGGCUCUUGAGCCGUAUCCUGCCGCCGGGCUUGAGCCGGCAGAAAGCCCCACAUCCGGGCAACCACUACUCUCUAUCGAGGGGCAAGGGGUUCCCCCGGACGUGGCGGACUACACCGUCAGACGGCGUGUUCACCAGGACAGGCUGGACAUUGUGAAGAAGCAGCAGCGGCUCUCACGAUGCCGGAAGGGGAGUCGCCGCUGGAAGCAACGUGCAGCGGUUCUGGCCAACGCCCAGGCCCGUCGCCGUGUCCGGAACCGGAAUGAGUGCCACCGUGCCACCACCGAGAUUGUGCGUCAGUACGGGCAUAUCGCCGUGGAAUCGCUACAGGUCAAGAACAUGACCCGUUCGGCAGCAGGGACCCUUGAGACUCCUGGGCGGAACGUGUCGGCCAAGUCGGGAUUGAACAGAGAGAUACUGGAGCAGACUUGGGGAUUGAUACACCAGCAACUACGCUACAAGGCAGAAUGGGCCGGUAGGCGGUUCGUUGAGGUUGACCCCAGGCAUACAUCCCAAACGUGUAAUUCCUGUGGGACGGUUAACUCGGCCAGCAGGCAGGCGAAGAUGUUCCUUUGUAUAGCUUGUAGCUUCUCCCUGGACGCCGACCUGAACGCUGCCCGGAACAUCCUGCGGAAGAGCCUGGCGGGUGGGGAAUCCCUGCUGCUGGCCCAGUAGCCAGCGUAAAUAUGUCGUUGGUUGCCAAGCUGGUCUUGGCUAAUAAACGAUGUAAUUCCCUAAUUAACCGUCCGUGAGAAGCUCAUACAAUCUAAUGACACUUGAUACUUUCUGCUGGCAGGCGCUUGGACCAUGAUCUUCGGCGGCAGAAAAGUGUACCAUCUGGCGUGAAUGGCCAGCAUAAAUGGCCACACUAAGGUGAAACUGCCCCGGACGAAGGGAGAACCAAGCCGAUGACAACGGCUCCGCGCCAACACCAGUUGGCUCUGUAACCAUUGUUACUCAUUUGGAGUACCCUCUACCGCACCGCACAAGUCCUGUGGCCACAAGGAUCCGUUGCCGGCUUGCUUGCCUUCCUGAUAUUCGUCAUUCUGGCGGCGUGGUGGCUGCUGACGUGGCCGAUUGGCCCGUUGAUGCGGAGCCCGCCACCUCCUUGACGUGUGUUUCGCUAUUUGUGAAAAUGCCUUGGUGCAACAGGGCCUGACAAUCCAGUGGUCGCCAAGGUCGAUAAGGGACAUGCGCCGCAU